AUGGCUGCAGCCGCCCCAUUGCCGGACACUUCGCUGCCCCGUGUCUCAGAGACGUCUUCUGCGGGGCAGACAAAUGAGGAGCUUGAAGUCGACGAGGACAGCAGAAUGGAGGGCAACUCCAUUGGUCAGUCUAUGCGGGACAAGGACAGAAAGAUUGGACACAGACGAGUGGACAAAUCUGGCAUUGUGUCAUACAAGAAGAAACCCACCUCAGAGUUGAUGGCAGCAAUACAGCUGGGCAUUGGUCAGAGUGUUGGAGGACUCUCGGCCAAACCUGAGAGGGAUGUGCUCAUGCAGGACUUUGGUGUCGUGGAGGUUGUGUUUUUUCCUGGUGAAGGAAGCAACUUAACCCCAGCUCACCAUUACAGUGACUUUCGCUUCAAGACGUACGCCUCCUGUUGCUUUCCGAUACUUCCGCGAUUUGUUUGGCAUCCAGCCAGAUGA